AUGCCCACAACUUUGAAUCACGUCACCUCGCCAUCGCAAAACGCAACGCACAACUUUAACAUCUUCAAUAGUGCCAUAUUUGUUCAACCGCUCUCUGCAAAGCUUCUACAUAGUGUGCAAUUGAAGCAAGCGAUGGGAGAACCUCCAAAGUCAGAUGAACCUGUACUUUUGGCGGAUGGACAGGACCUGAACCCCAAGCAUAAACACCGUUGA